AACCAAAGUAAAAUAAGGAGGAGCAUCCGAUACAAGUAAAACUGGUUCUUGUUCCUGUAGUUCAUGCCAUUGAUUUGUACAUUGCAAGCGCUAGAGGGCGCCAAUGGGCUUCACCUGCCCAACAAGGAAGGAGGAGCGAGCUGAGGAGGAAGAAAGUAAACUCCCUGCAGGCUCCACAAGAAAACUCUCUAAACUCCCGAAGGGUAAAAAGAUUCCAGGAAAAGAAACACAAUUGCAACAGAGCUGAACCAUCGCAGCCUGAAUAUGAGAUCACCAACAACUAUAAGGAUGGAAAUCACGUGAUGUGCCCGAAGGUUAUAUAUGAUGCUGGAUUAGAACUACGGGCUACUUGAUCCCGGUCCUUCCAGUCUGACAGCUCCGGGCUGCGCACGACUCAGUCUGCUGCACUGCUUCCAAUGAGCGUCCUCUCCCCGGCGGCGGCGGCUGGAAAUAGGAGCGGGAAAUGAUUAAAUUCUGAUCCAGAUUAAGAAGUAGGCGAGUCCCUGUGACAGAGCAACUGGUUUGCGGGUCCCUCACUCCCAUAGCCACUGGCUGCACAAACUGAAGAUGUGGCUACUGGGCCGGGCUUGGCUGUGAGUGUCACCGGGCUGAGGGUCUCUGGACUGGAGGGUGCCAAGUUAUAUCCAUUGCUGGCACAGUUACUACCCCUCCCUGCUGUACAUUCAUGAGGAAUGAUGGGGUCCUAAAUCCCCUGUGUGGUGUCUGCCUGCUGUACUGGCACUUUGCUUGUGCCCUACCCGGCCCCACACGGAACAAUGGCUCUGAGUAAAGCGCUGAAAGUGCACGUCAGGCACGAGCCUGCCCCUUAUAGUGUCCUUCUCGAGUCCCGCAACAGGGAGGACUGUCUGCUCUUCGAGUCGGGCACAGUGGCCACCCUCACACCUAAUGAAAAAGAGGUUAUUAGGGGACAAUAUGAGAGACUUCAAGAUGCUUAUGGCUGCCUGGGUGAGCUUUGUCUAAAAUCAGGGAACAUUCCUUUAAACUUCCUUGUAUUGGUAAGCGGAUGCUCCUCGGUUGGAAGAAUUUUGGAUGCUGAAGUUUAUAAAAUCACAGCUACAGACUUCUUUCCUCUUCAGGAGGAGACCAAAGAAGAAGAGCGUGUGACAGCUCUCAGGAAAAUACUUAAUUCAGGGAUGUUUUAUUUCUCAUGGCCAAAUGCUGGAUCAAACUUUGACCUCACCCAUCGGGCCCAAAAACAAGCUGUAAACAGCAGUUGUGAAUCUGGAAAUUGGUUUUUUUGGAACAGAUUGCUGCAUGUGCCUUUGAAACACUAUCAGGUUAGCUGUGCUGACUGGCUGUUGAAAGUUAUCUGUGGGGGAGUAGAAAUCCGUACUGUGUAUGCCUCACAUCGAAAAGCAAAGGCUUGCCUUAUCUCACGGAUAAGCUGUGCACGGGCUGGUGCCAGAUUCCACAUCCGUGGAGUUGAUGAUGAUGGACAUGUGUCUAACUUUGUUGAAACAGAGCAGACUAUUUAUGUGGAUGAAGAUAUUUCCUCCUUUGUUCAAAUCAGAGGCUCUGUUCCAAUGUUUUGGGAACAACCAGGGCUGCAGGUUGGCUCUCACCAUCUUAAACUUACCAGAGGACUUGAGGCCAAUGCCCCAGCAUUUGACAGGCAUAUGAUGCUGUUGAAAGAGCAGUAUGGAAAACAAGUGAUUGUUAACCUCUUACGAAGCAAAGGAGGAGAGGAGGUUUUAAGUCGUGCCUUUAAGAAACUACUGUGGGCAUCACUGCAUGCAGACGAUGUGCCAAUGAUUAACUUUGACUACCAUCAGAUUGUGAAAGGUGGUAAAAUAGAGAAAAUGGAUAAUCUGUUGAAACCACAGUUAAAAUUGGAUUUGGAAGAGUUUGGAGUGUUCACUAGAGGCGAGAGUUUAACGCCACGUCUUCAGAAAGGAGCUUUCCGAAUGAAUUGCUUGGACUGUUUGCAUCGCACAAAUAGCGUCCAGUCAUAUAUUGCGCUUGAGGUUUUACGUACUCAACUGGAGAGUCUUGGAUUAGUUGAUAUGAAGUCUGUUGUGGAACGAUUUGAAGAAUCCUACAAAACCAUGUGGUCUGCUAAUGAUCAUAACCUGAGCAUGAUAUUUACAGGAAGCAAAGCCCUUGAAGGCAAGGCAAAGGUUGGAAAGCUGAAAGAUGGCGCACGCACAGUUUCUAGAACCAUACAAACAAAUUUCUUUGAUGGAGCAAAGCAAGAAGCUAUUGAUUUACUACUUAUGGGAGACUUUUUCAAUGAGCAAUAUGCAGACAAAGGACGGAUGCUAAUGGAUAGCUCUGCACUGCUAGUAAUUCCCAGUGUUUUAAAGGCCAUGUCUGAACGACAGUUUGAAUUCACUAAUUAUAAAAGAACUCGUGUUGCUAUGGGCACAUGGAAUGUAAAUGGCGGAAAGCAGUUUCGCAGUAAAAUCCUUAGCACUAGUGAACUCACAGACUGGCUUCUGGACUCCCCAAAGAUCUCUGGAACUCCAGAUUUUCAGGAUGGCGAAAGCAACCCGCCAGAUAUUUUUGCUGUUGGGUUUGAGGAAAUGGUUGAACUCAGCGCAGGAAAUAUUGUCAGUGCAAGCACAACAAAUCGCAAAGUGUGGGCUGAACAAAUUCAGAAGGCUCUUUCAAGGACUCAUCGCUACAUACUAUUGACUUCUGGGCAACUUGUUGGAGUUUGUCUCUUUGUUUUUGUAAGACCUUACCAUAUGCCCUUUAUUAGAGAUUUGGCAACAGACACUGUAAAAACCGGGCUGGGGGGUAAAACUGGGAACAAAGGAGCAGUGGCUAUUCGCUUCCAGUUCUACAGCACGAGCUUCUGCUUCAUUUGUAGUCACUUUACUGCAGGGCAGAACCAAGUGAAAGAACGCAGUGAAGACUACAAGGAGAUCACUCAAAAAUUAAGCUUCCCUAUGGAAAGAAAUGUCUUUUCCCAUGACUAUGUCUUCUGGUGUGGUGAUUUCAAUUACCGCUUGGACCUCCCAUAUGAUGAAGUGUUUUAUUACGUUAGACGCCAGGACUGGAAAAAGCUUCUAGAAUAUGAUCAACUUCAAUUUCAAAAGUCUGCAGGCAAGAUCUUUAAAGACUUCUAUGAGGGAACCAUUCAUUUUGCACCUACGUACAAGUAUGACAUUGGCUCAGAAGCAUAUGACACAAGUGAAAAGUGUCGCACACCAGCCUGGACCGACAGGGUUCUUUGGUGGAGAAAGAAAUGGCCAUGUGAUCAAUCAGCAAGAGACAUUAAUCUUCUAGAUAGUGAUCUGGAUUUCAGUACUAAAAUAAAACACACAUGGACACCAGGUGCACUUAUGUACUAUGGCAGAGCAGAACUUCCUUAUUCUGAUCACAGGCCUGUGCUGGCUAUUGUCGAAGUGGACGUUCAGGAAGUUGAUGUGACUUUCAGGGAGAGAGUUUUUCAAGAGAUUACUUCCUCUCAGGGCCCUCUUGAUGCCACUGUUGAAGUUUGUAUCCUGUUUCCAACGCCUGAAGAGAAAUCUGACUUCCCAGAAGAUAUAAGCACAGAACUUGUGCAAACAUUUCAGAACUAUGGCAAUGUUAUCCUUGUAAGGUUAAUUGGAGGUCAAAUGAUUGUCACAUUUGAAGACAGUAGGACAGCUUUAAAUGUUCUUGAGCUGGAUGGAUUAAAGAUAAAUGGCAAACCAAUAAAAAUAAGGCCUAAAACAGAGGACUGGCUCAAGGGUCUGCAUGAGGAAAUUGCCCGAAACAGAGAUAGCAUUGCACCCAUGUCACCGAAUGCCAACUCCUGCCUGCUCGAGGAGAACUUUGAUUUCACCAGUUUGGAUUAUGAGUCAGAAGGUGAUAUAUUGGAUGAUGAUGCAGAUGACUUGAUGCCGCAGCAUCUGGAGACCAACAAACCCUCUGCUGUCUGUGACAUGUCUGUAGAUGAUUCUGUAGCGUGUGCAGUGAAGGCUCCCCAAGUGACUUCAAAGAAACCACAUUCGUUCAAAGAUGAUGCAGAUUUGAUGGCCUUAAAGAAAGAACUAGAGGCUGUUGGGGAGUAUCGCUCUCGGUCGCCAAGUAGGUCUUUAUCAGUCCCUAACAGACCUCAUUCACGCCCACCACCACCACCACAGAGACCUCCACAGAGACCACCUCCUCCAAAAAGCAAUCAUCAAGCCUCAGCUGUGCAAAUUGCUAAACCUUUUUCCGGUACACCACAAUAUCCUUCUUUAGCAAUGUCUGGUAUCAGCAAACCUUACAAUGUGAAACAGAUUAAGGCCACUACAACUCAGGAGGCAGAAGAAGCUAUUCGGUGGCUGAUGGAUAACAACAAAGACAAACAAGAAGUGUCUCAGACUGGUGUACGUCAACAAAACAGUAAUUUGAAUGAAAAGCCAAAGAAUUCACCACAGAAGGUUGUCCCAGCCUCAGAGCUAGCUCUGGUGCCACAAAGGCCGCCACCAAGGGUUCCCAGCACAAAGCAAAAAUCUGAAGCGAAGCCUGAACCUGCUUUCAAUUCAAAGCAGAAGGCAAAUGAACAAGCUUGUGGUGUUCCUGCUAAGCCACUGCCUCAUGUCGAUGUCUUGGACUGUGCAAGCACUUCAAAACUACCCCCAACUGUACCGCCCAUACCAAAACUAGAGGUUCAUUUAAAUUCUGUAGAUCCUGAAAAGUCACACAGUGCUGUUAUACUAACCAGAUCAGAAAUAGAAAUGUGUAAGGAUGAUGUGGAAAAAGAUCAAAAUAGCACUUUGGAUUCUGCAUCCUCCACACAACUGGCCACUGUGGAUAAUAUAUUACUCGAUUUAAACAUCAGUGAUGCUGGAAAACUUAAGCAGUCAGUCCCUUUACCCAACUUGGAUUCUGACCUCGACUUAAUGAACUUCGAAGAUGCUCCACCAAAGAUAGCACCUGAAGUAAAGCCUCAUGUAACGGGCCAGAAUAUUGCAUUUAAAAGCCCUCAAAUACCUGAAUCUGUGGCCUCUAAUAAUGUCCAAAAUGUACGUCCUGUACCUAAACCAAGAACACUGCCACCAUCUCAGAUUGCCAAAAUUCAUCAACGGAAACUAAGUGAUGAGAUAUCGUCAGCAACUCAAGUUAUUCCAAUGCAAGACCAUUCAUUUAUUCCAAAGGCUCCGCCACGCAGAAAAAAAUCUGCUCCUGCUGCUUUUCACCUUCAGGUUUUACAGAGUAACAGUAACCUCUUGUUGGGUGAUGCAUCAAACAAUAAUAAUACAAAUACUGAAGGAGGAUUGUCUGUACAAAGACAUGCCGAGCAUUCCAACACAGAAAGUACAGCGAGUGAGAACGUCCAUCCACCUGGUGCUCAAACAUUAAAGGAAGAGUUUACUGGAAACUGCUCCGAGUCACUUAAUCAGUAAUUUGAAAAACUUUAGGGUCUCCUUGGGGAUUUCACAAAACUUGAAACCACUGUCAUUUAACCUAUUUAAAUCCUGCCAUUUUUUUAAACCUACAGCAUUUCUUAUAGGCAAUCUUUACGUGAAAGCGUUUUACUUCUGGCACGUCUCAUUCUCUUGUAAAAUGUGUUUUUAGUACAGUUGAGGUGAGAAUGGCUGUUACGCAGUUACUGAGGCCUUAAAAAAUAAUAAAACAUCAAAUAUUAAGAUUUGUUGUGUAUGUUUUCAAACAUGAGCUAAUAUAUAGAUAUUGUAGCGUGAUUUAACUCGUUGAAUGCCAACUGAUCUUUAAAUGUUAAAUUACAAGCAAUUUUCAGUAUUAAGGGCUCUUAGAGGUAAUUUCUGAGGGCAACUUAGAAAAACCAUAAAAGUGUGUGUGUGUGACUUUUUCUGUAGCAGGUUGUAUGGCUCUAAAUACCUAAAUCAUGGAGAAAUGUCAUUUAUUUACAAUGCAUAAAAAUGAUGUAUGCAAUAUGCAUUUUUUUAACAUGAGUUCAUUGAAUCGGUCUUGUGCUGCUUGUUGCCUAUUGUUUAAAAAAAACAUUUUUUUUUCAAAUUUCUUAAGCCAAUUUUAUCACAUGAACUUCUAUUGUCACAUCAGUUUUUUUACUUUGAUGGGGAGUUUUACCUCCAGAGAUAUGGGAAGUAAUUUGUUCCCUUAUACACAACCUCUAUAUGGUUUGCUUGGAGUGGUCAAACAUCUGUGGACAUAACUCCCUUAGUGAUCAUAUUGUGUGGUACGACUGCUAUAUAGAUUAUAUAUUCUUUAUAUGAAAGUUUCUUUCAACGAUAAUGAUUUGAACUUACAUUUUACCAUGACAUCAGAUACUGCUGAGAUUAAUUUUCUAUAUUUAACUCUUAUGGAUAACAUUUCCACUGGAAAGAUUGAACUCAGGAUCUAUUCUAAACUCACUUCAGGCAAUACCAUAUUAUGGGCUAGUAGUUAUCAUCAUAAACAUAUCGGUUUGUAAGGUAUAAACUUAAUUGUACUAACUUAGAAAUGUUUAGUGAAUAAGUAAAGAUUCUCAGUUCAAAUUUGAAAAAAGAGGCUAUUCAGACUGCCUUAAACUUCUUACAGUAAGGAAUUAUCCAGAGAAAAAUACUACUAAACAAAAUAUUUGUAUUUUUUUAUUACGGACUUGAGCUCAGAAUUUCACAAUAUUAGCUGGAUUGUUAUUCUUAAUCUUAUUUUAAAAACCCCAGUCUAAAGGUGUAUCCAGGAGAGCACCUACUCUAAGUAAUACAUUAUCUCCCAGUUUAAUAUCUUCAUGGUCAAAGUAAGGAUACUUUGCUAUCAUUUAAGGGCAGUUAUGAGUGUGGCAAGCACACACUUUACCUUUACAGUUACAGGAAAUGUUAUUACAAUAAAACAUAAUGCAAAUACAGUACAAAAAGGAUUGUAUAUUGGUUCCAGUGCAAACAUUGUGAAAAACAAUAUGUAGACCAUACAGUACGUAGUAUUAAAAGACAGAAUCAGAGACCACAGAAAUGCAACUGAUAAUCAGUACACCAGAGUCUAAAGAAAAUUGAACAGGUACCAAUAGGUUUAAGAAAGGGAGACUUGCUGUGUCCUUUUAACUUAAGGGAAGAUAGGAUUCUGACUAUGGAUACAAGAAAAUCAAAGGGUUUAAA